AGAGGGAGACACAGAAAGGGAGACACAGAAAGGGAGGCUGACGGAGGAGCUGGUUGCACUGGGCGGGGGUUUCACUCGCUGCGUUUUCUGUCCGGUUUUUCUGCGGGCGUGAAGGCAUGUUGAUAAUCGGCUCAGUAAUGAGGAGAGGUACUGAACGGCACCAAAUACCUGACCCCGAUUCCCGGGAGUAGAGAGAGGCAGAGAGAGGGAGAAAGUGUGAGAGAGAGGAGGGAAGAGAGGCAUGUGAAAAAGGGGUGGAGGGGAGCUGAGAUUUACUGCCUUGCUGGAUGAAACAACCCCCCACUAACUAACGAAGAGGGAAAGUAGCCUAUUGGGAAGAAAAGCGGGGGUGUUGUACCGUUCAUUUAAUGCUCAAAGACGCGCAGGAAGCCUUUAUCGUUUCCCACAAUGAGUUCAGAAAAGGGGUUUGCUGUCUGCUAUAAAGCCUAGGGCCCAGAACAACAGAAAUAAACAACACAACAAACACAGUGCCAGCACAAAACCAAGAAAAGGAAAAUGUCUCGAACCGAGGAGGUCAACAAGAUGACAGAAAAUGUAUAUAAGGGGAUCCUGGACCAGUUCAACCCCAGUCUGAAGAACUUUGUGACCAUGGGGAAACACUACGAGAAAGCCCUGACCGGAGUCACUGUGGCGGCCAAAGGGUACUUUGAUGCUCUGGUGAAACUUGGAGAGCUGGCGAGCGACAGCCAGGGCUCCAAAGAGCUGGGAGACACACUGUUUCAGAUGGCCGAGGUCCACAGACAGAUUCAGGUGCAGCUGGAAGACGUGUUAAAGUUAUUUCACUCUGAGCUGCUCGCCCAGUUGGAGCAGAAGUUGGAACUGGAUAUUAAAUACCUCACAGCCACCCUGAAGAAGUAUCAGAGUGAUCGGAGGUCUAAAUCUGAGUCUAUUGAGCGAUGCCAGUCCCAGCUGAAGAAACUCCGCAGGAAGAGUCAGGGCAGUCGCCACCCGAACAAAUAUGGAGACAGAGAGAUGCAGUUUGUGGAGCUAAUGAGUCGUCGUCAGGUCGAGCUGGACACGCUGGUUGCGUCGGGAUACAAGUCUGCGCUCACUGAGGAAAGGAGACGAUAUUGCUUCCUGGUGGAUCGACAGUGUAGUGUCACCAAACUGCUCGUCAACUACCACUCCAAGGUGAGAGAGCUUCUGUCACAGAAGCUGUCCUCGUGGCAUCAGUCAUGUUCACUGCCCACUAAACUCCCCGAGCGCGCUCUGAAUCUGCUGCGCCACACCGCGCCUCAGAGCUCAGGAGCUGCAGGGAUAGCCGAGGUCCUCCGCCACACCAAGAUUGGCUCUGCUCAGCCAGAACAGAGGCUCUCAGUUCAGGAAGUCCCUCCCCUGAUGAACGGAGACUCCAGUCGCUCCCAGCAGCGCUCACUCCCCUCCUCCUCCUCCCAGAGUGACGGCUGUCCUCCUCAGGGCUCCCCCCACACUUUCAGCUCUCUCUCCAGUGGAGGAGCUGCUGGAGGUUCAUCCCUAGGAGCGUCUCCUCAGCACAGCAGCACCCCUCUGUCCAGCCCCCUCCCUGACAGCAGCAACAGCAGCAGCCCCUCUGCCUCCACCCCCACUUUGUCCAGCGGCUCAGCCCAGCCAGGCUCUCUCCUGCUGGCCGCCCACACAGCCAACCUCUCCCCGAGCCUCAUCCCCUCCACAGUGAUGUCUCUGAGCCAGAUCUCUCCAGCCGGUGGCCCCCUGCAUGGCAUGACCCUCCCCAUCGCCCACAGCGCUCCUCACAGCCCCCCUCUGCCCCACAGUGCCCCUCUGUCCCGGGCCAUGACUCCUGUGCAGUUACUGCACCAACAGGUGGGCCCAGGGGGGAGCAACACCUCCACCCUGUCUCAUAACCCCUGGCUGCUGAAGACCGCGGACAUCAGUGCAACAGCAACACUUCCACUGCCGAGGAGACCCAACAGUGAGAUGAGGCUGGGUGGAUUUCAGGGCUCCAGUCUCCCCAGGCUGCUGCCUUUAUCUGGACCCAAUCGUGUGGAAGCCAUGUUCGCUCACAAUCCUGGAGCAUCGGAGGCAGGCGGCGGCGCAGGAGGCGGGGCUUGUUUACUGCACUUCCUGCCUGGUGACAACAUCUCCCUGCUCAUCUCUGAGGCCAGAGACGGGUGGCACUACGGUCAAAAUGAACGAACCGGACGGAAAGGCUGGUUCCCUUUCUCCUACACGCAGUCAUACCACAACACGCUCGAUCACCUGGAGAGCUCUCUCUUCUUAUCUAAGGCUAACAGCACCAGCACCGGCCAGCUCGACAAGCUGGUGUCUCCGGGUCUCCCGGCCCUCACCCCCGAAUCAGAGGAGGAGCACUCCCUUCCUCCCCAGAGGGUCAGCACCUUCCGCCCGCGCCCGUUCAGCAUGGCCGACAGCACCAAGAUCACUGCUGAGUUGGUUUCUCCUCCACCCUCCCCAAACUCAAGGGCCAAUCCAUUUGCCCACGUUCGACUCAGAAGAACUGUCACCAACGAUCGCUCAGCUCCCAUCAUUGAGUAAGAGUUUUAUUCCCGCUGCGGCGGUGGCGUCAUGUUCUCUGUGGUCUCUGUCAGUCCAGCAAACCUCAGGUUGAAUCCUGGAAACUUCACAUUGAUUUAUGUUGAUUCUUUACUUUGGAUGAAGUUGUUCAUUUGAAAAAAGACCAUUAUAAUGUCUGAAAAAUUGAAAGUGAAAUUAUACAUAAAUCUAGGCUAUUUUUAAUGAAACAGAAGGUAGGUGUUUGGCUGUUAGCUUAGUGUUUCAGAUUGACUAACUGUUUCUUUCAGAAUAAUUAACAUUGUAAUGUUUUUCCUGGUUUAUGGAAGGUGCCUCUUAUAUUCCUUACAGUGUAACAGUGAAUUUUCCUUUCUCGACAUAAUCUUAAUUGUAGUGGUUUUUUGUGCCAUAUCCAGAUAAAAAGUUUUCUUUGUUGAGCUGAUUUAGGGACUGGCUCCUAAAAGCAGGUUGUGAAGUUUCACUGUCAUGAAGUGUUACAGUAAGAGGACAGGCUCCUACUUUUAAAGUGAUAUUACAAAAUUAUAUUUUUAGAAAAGCUGCCAGAUUGUUUUUAGGUUUCAAUUAAGGUGACAUUUUACCUUUUAGUUAAAUGUUUAUUUGAUAGAGUCCUGGCAUAUUUUACUAAUAAUUGAGUUAUUUUGUGUCAUAUUUACGUUGAUAUGACUAAACAUGGGCUAUGCUGCUUCUGCCCGUUAACAUGACAUGUACUGUAAAGUUACAUAUAAACAUUUUAUGAAAGUAGAUAUUUGGAUUAGUGGAAUUAUUUACCUAAUGAAAGAAUUAUAAGACAAGGCGUAAGGGCAAAAAAUGAUAGAAGGAAAUGUUGUGUUUUUUUUGCAUUUUGACAUAAACGUCAAAAGGUCGAGAGUAAAAUCCAACUUUCAGUAAUAGUGCCAGAAUCAGUAAUACUCUUUUGUAUAUGGAUUCAAAAUAAGUUGUAACAACCCAACAACCCUUAAUUUGAUUUUUCCAAUGAUUGAUGACUGAGACCUGUUUGUUCCCAGGUCCAAUAUUUGAAGUCCUCUAAAACGCAGAAACAGAAAAGCUUAUGAGCUCCACAGACAAACUGUUGAACCUUUGGACGGGGUUAUUACUGAAAGUGUUUUUAGAAAGUAGCAUGUUAUGGAGGGCUCAAUGUGUAAAGAAAGAGAGAUUUGCGUGCUUUGGAUUCGAUGUCUUCUUGAUUCCUUUUCAGUGACAGAUUUAAAGCUAGAUAACAUCUAGGCUAGUUGUAGCUGAAUGUUUACCAAUCAGACUGAGCAGAAUCUCCGAGAGAUGUGAAAGCUGUGACGGAUGAUAGGAUUGAGUUUAAAUGGGGAAAUGUUCCUAUGAAAGUGAUGAAGAAAGCAUAAUGGGAUGUGACCACUGUCUUAGCCAGUGUUAAUGGUAAACUAGAGAUAUCCAAAGUAAUAUUCUGUAGCUUAAAUGGUUUGUGUUUCUGUUGUAAAUACCUUCUGUGGUCUUUAGCACCUUGAAGAUUCAAAAUAACGCCCACAAGGGUUGUAGUAAAUCAUCUCUAACAGCAUUGAUAUUACUAGUAGUAUGGCAUCAUAUAUAAAGGUGACCACAAAAUGAUAGAGCUAAUGCUUAUUCAUACUUGUAAAUAGUGCAUAAAACAUGUGUGAUUGUAUGACUUUUAUUUGACUAUUUUUAUAAUGAUAUUUCACUUUGGUAGAACAUUUUGACUUUGUAAACCUUCUGCGCAUGUCAGUUGUGGUGUUUAAACUUUUAUCUCCGAUUCUGAACGAGAAAUAACACAGUGAUCAUUCAAAGUGACGCAUUAUUGGUUUAAAUAGACACUAGACACAGGGACUGGGGUCGUUAUAACUGUCAGUAUUAGUGAUUCAUAUAAAGGACAAAACAUUAACGACAUUUAAGGCUAGCGAUAAUGAGAAAAAUAUUAUAAUACACAUGAUUUUGCGCUUGAAGUGCAUACAUUAAAAAAAUGCAGAAAUCAGAGUGUAGACAUUAAUACAGACAGCUAGUAUAAAGCAUAUAUGCAAAGUGUGUAAUGUGUCGUAAGAAAUACAUAAAGAGUUUGUUAAAAAUAUAACUAUUAUAAAUAUGUAACAAAAGAUGUAUUGCAAAAUCAAUAGCAAAUGUGUGGGUGUUGUGUACAUGAACAGAAAGUAUGUGUAAAUGUCUCAAAACACUUGUAAUCUGUACAUUGUGCUCUCAUCAAUACUGCAGAUGGACAUAACUUGUGAAAAAAGAUGCUUAAACAGGAACUUUUUCAAAGUCCAAAACUCUUCUUCCAAAGUGAAAUAUCGUUUUAACAUCUAUUCAUAGUUCCUCGUUACGUUUCAAAUAUGAAGCGAUGUAAACAGAUGUGUCUGUCAGUUCUCUAUAUUGCAUAACAUGAAAUCCUGAUGACUGCAAAAUAUAUUAUAUUAUGAUAAAUACGCUGAGGAAGACAUUCUUUACGUGAAACACUGAAUAUUGAUGUGAUGUGAAAUAAAAGUUCUAUGAAAGAAA